UCCCUGUUGAAUUUUUUAUUCCCAGGAGCAAAAUAUAAAAAUACAUGGCUGCUGGUUUCUCGCUCUUUCCACCCAUAACCUCGGGGGAGAGAGAGUUUGUUCAAUUAAUAUAAAAUUGUACACUACCAUGAUUAUGAACGGCUAUUUUGAUCUAGUUUCCAAUUUCUAAUCGUCAGAACCUAUGCACUGUACAUUACACUUCCGUCUUUAACGCCCGGGUUACACCCUACUCUUCUUACGAAGAGUCAAGGGCCAUUUCACACUCAACCCUUUUCGGUCUCUUCCACCUCUGCUGCAGAUUUUCUCUAAAGAAGUUUUCUUCGGAGGAAAUGUGUAUUGGUUCUAUUGGUUUCUCUACUUAAAAUGUAGCUGAAGAUUUUCUGGGCCCGGUGUUUCUUGCGUUUGCUAUAUUUUCAUUAUUCUCAGUGAAUCUCGAGUAAACUGGGGCAUUGAAUCGAAUAUGUUUUGCAUAGCUUGUUCAAAGCAGCAAACUGCCAGAUCUCUUCGCAACCCUCCAGUAGAGGAUGACACCACCGUCACUCUGUCCAGUAAACAACCAAUCAAAGCCCUAACGAACCAGAUAAAGGAUAUGGCAGUAAAGGCAUCUGGUGCUUACAAGUCCUGCAACCCAUGUUCCCGCUCCUCAAGCAACAACCAGGACCGAGCCUACCCUGACUCGGAAGCCGGCUGGGUCUCGGGGAGAUUUUACGGCACCUACAAGAGGACAGGGAGCUUAAACAACCAUCCAAGGCUAUGGGGGAAGGAAAUGGAAGCCAAACUAAAGGCCCUUUCCAGCGGUGAAGUCACGCCCUCUUCAGUUAGUGGUAGAAGUGUAUCGGUAGUGUUCAUGGAGGAAGAUGAGCCCAAAGAGUGGGUUGCACAGGUUGAGCCUGGUGUGCUGAUUACUUUCGUUUCAUUGCCUCAAGGAGGAAAUGGUCUCAAAAGGAUUCAAUUCAGUCGAGAGAUGUUUAACAAAUCGCAAGCUCAAAGGUGGUGGGCAGACAAUUACGACAAAGUGAUGGAAUUAUACAAUGUUCAGGGGUUCGAUCAUCAAGCAAUACCAGAAACAACUCUGCCAAAACCUGAGGAGAAGAACUCAAAAAUUGAAUCUGCUGAGAAUAGUCCUGUUGAACACCACCAAAUGCAAUCUCGCCAUUACUGCGACUCUGGUGAUCUUAAAACGUCACCAAAACUGUCCAGCCUUAGUGCUGCAAAGACAGAUGCAUCAUCCAUUGAUGCUUCUGCACAUUCUAUUUGUUCAAGAGAGUCUGACCACUCCGGGGAGCUUUCAGUGAGCAAUGCCAGUGAUUUGGACACUGAGUGGGUCGAGCAAGAUGAGCCUGGAGUUUACAUUACUAUUGGAACAUUGCCAGGUGGCAGUCGUGAGCUUAGAAGAGUGCGGUUCAGCCGAGAAAGGUUUGGAGAAAUGCAGGCACGGUUGUGGUGGGAAGAAAAUAGAGCCAGAAUUCAACAGCAAUACUUGUGAACUGGGAUUGACUUCUUUACAAAUAGGCUUUGAAGUGUUCUGUGAUGCUUCUUCAAUGUACAAGAUUCACCAGCAAGUUGGUUAUAUCUUGAACUGUGAAUUAUAUUACUUCUCUUUUUCUUUU